GGCGCGGGGAGCUGCCGAGUUCCCGCAGUUCGUCCGCUGCUGUGCAGCCGCCGCCGUCGCCGCCUCGGCCCGGCACCCGCCGUCCCGCCCAGAAGGAGUCGGGACCGUUUCGGAUCUCAAGCAGACGGCCCUCUCCUAUCUAGUCGUGGCUUUUCCAAACCCUCCGAGGAGAGCGGGAUCUUUCGGUCCUUCCUGUAUAUCCGACCAUUACAGGAUCUAGAAAUGUCGACGACACUUUUAUCUGCCUUCUACGACAUUGACUUCUUGUGCAAGACGGAGAAGUCCCUGACCAACCUCAGCAGCAUGCUAGACAAGAAAGCCGUGGGGACCCCGGUGACCCCUCCCAGCUCCAGCUUCGCGCCGGGCUUCCUGCGGCGGCACUCGACCAGCAACCUGACGGCGCUGGCCGGCGGCUCCAAGUUCCCCAGCCCUACCGGCUCCAGCUCUUCUUCCACAUCCUCCUCUUCAUCGUCAUCCUCCUCCUCCUCCUCGUUCGGCAAUCUGAAGGAGACGGGCUCCGGCGGAGGCGGCGGCAGCAGCAGCCCCACGGCCUUGCUUAACAAGGAGAACAAGUUCCGGGACCGCUCCUUCAGCGAGAACGGCGAGCGUAGCCAGCACCUCAUGCAGCAGCUUCAGCAGCAGCAGCAGGCGGCCGGCAAGGGGAGCGGCUCCGGCGGCGGCGGCGGGGCCCCCAUCAACUCGACGCGCUACAAGACGGAGCUGUGCCGCCCCUUCGAGGAGAGCGGUGCCUGCAAGUACGGCGAGAAGUGCCAGUUCGCCCACGGUUUCCACGAGCUGCGCAGCCUCACCCGCCACCCCAAGUACAAGACCGAGCUCUGCCGCACCUUCCACACCAUCGGCUUCUGCCCCUACGGCCCGCGCUGCCACUUCAUCCACAACGCCGACGAGCGCCGCCCGGCGCCCGGCGGGGGCACAGCCGCCCCCCCGCCCGCCGCCGCGGCCGGGCCGCACCACCACCCGCACCACGCGCCCCCGCACCCCGCCGGCAGCACCGGCGACCUCCGCGCCUUCGCCCCCCGCGACCACCCGCUGGGCGGCGGCGGCUUCGGGCACCCGCGCGGCGGCGGCGGCGAGCGGCCCAAGCUGCACCACAGCCUGAGCUUCUCCGGCUUCUCCGCCCACCACCACCACCAUCACCCCCCGCACCCCCACGGCACCGCCCCGCCGCCGCCGCCGCCGCCGCCCGGUGGCCGCCUGGACGCCGCCCUGCUGGAGAGCCCCGGCGGUUCGCGCACGCCGCCGCCGCCCGCCUCCGCCUCCUACUGCGAGGAGCUGCUCUCGCCGCCCUGCGCCAACAACGCUUUCGCCUUCUCGGGGCAGGAGCUGGGCAGUCUCAUCGCCCCCCUCGCCCUGCACACCCAGAACUUCGCUGCUGCCGCCGCCGCGGCCGCCGCCGCCGCCGCCUAUUACCGCUGCCAGCAGCAGCCGCCGCCGCCGCCCGGCGGGGCCUGCCCGCCGCCCCCCGCCUCGCCGCCCUUCAGCUUCCAGCCCCUCCGCCGCCUCUCCGAGUCGCCCGUCUUCGACGCGCCGCCCAGCCCGCCGGACUCGCUCUCCGACCGGGAGAGUUACCUGAGCGGCUCCCUCAGCUCCGGCUCGCUCAGCGGCUCCGAGUCGCCCAGCCUAGACUCGGGCCGCCGCCUGCCCAUCUUCAGCCGUCUCUCCAUCUCCGACGACUGAGGGAGGACGGGGCAGCGGCCGGGGGGCCCCGCGGCGGCCCUGCAAGUAAGUUACCGAGCGAAGAAAGCGAAACCUCUCCUUCCUCUCUAUUUUUGGGUUGUUGUUUUUUUUUUUUAAUAUAUCUAUCUAUCUAUACACCGAGAGCUGAACAAAACGAGAAACAAAGCAUUUUGCAAAAGGGCAAAUGACACGAACUGAACAAACCUAUUUUUAUAGAGAGACCUUGGAAGAAGGGGAUUUUUGUUUCGGGGGUUUUUUGUUGUUGUCGUUCUUUGGAGACAAGUUAUGAUACGCACCAGCAGCAGCCAUUCCAUCUGUGUUCGAAAAAAAAAAACAAACCAGCAUUAGAAAAGACAGCACCAGAAAGCAACAAACAAUCCGGGGAGCGCCGGUCUGCCAGCCCAGCUCCUCCAAUCCUGCAGACACACAGAAAAAAAAGUUACAAACUAGUUCGUCUUUCAAUCCAGUUCAAAUAAAAACACAGAACAUACUAAACCUAUAAGCUUUUUUUUUUUUUUUUUAGGAAAAAAGAAAAAAGAAAAAUCCAACAUCCUGCCAAGAAUAUGCCUUGAUAACAACCUUCUUUUUUUAUAUAUAUCUAUAUAUUAUUAUUAUAACAAAUGCUAAAACCUUCAUUCCAAAGUUUAAUAUUGGUUCCAUUGCCACCACUUAGUGGAUGUUUGGCUUAGAACAAUUUUUUGUUGUUGCUUUAUUUGGAAGCACUCAACUGAGUUUAGUUCGUAAUUGUUGGAGAAUAACUGCUGAUUUUUUUAAAAUUUUUUUUAGCUGUUUUGAGUUGAUUGCAUGAAUGAGUCACUGCACACAACUCAAUAUGAAACUAUUUAACUUAUUUAUUAUCUUGUGAAAAGUAUACAUUGGUAAUUUGUUCAUACUGUAUUUAUCGGGUAUGAUGAAAAGCAAUAGAUAUAUAUUCUUUUAUUAUGUUUAAAUUAUGAUUUUCAUUAUUAAUCGGCAAAAUGUGGAGUGUGUUCUUUUCACAGUAAUAUAUGCCUUUUUGUAACUUCACUUGGUUAUUUUAUUGUAAAUGAGUAAAAUUCUUAAUUUAAGAGAUUGUAUGUAAUAUUUAUUUCAUUAAUUUCUUUCUUUGUUUACGUAAAUCUGAAAGAUUGCAUGGUUUCUUUAUAGAAAUCGGUCUCGAUGCUGUGGAAGUAGUUUGCAGAAUUUCUAUGGGUUUUUUUAGAAUGUAAAUGGUUGUAGCCCGUCCGAGUUGAAAAAUGAGAGAAAAAAAAAAAAGAAAAAAAGAAAAGACUGACUUAACAAUCAGACUUCAAAGUGGCAAAUCUAAUUCAGACUUGUUUAAAAUAACCAAAAAGUAUUUUUGUUGCCUAACUCCACGAAUCACACUGUGAUAUAGCUCAAAAUAUGUAGCAAUAAUUGGGGGUCCCAGUAUUAUGUCUCACAGUGCCUUCUUUAGGGUCCAUGCUUGCCUUAAAUAUCUCUCAACCAAAUAAGUAUUUUUCUUAAUGCUUGAGAUAAUUUGAAUGUAGGGAUGGGUUUUAAGUACAGCAAAAUUUCACCACUCUAUUUUAUAAGAACAGAGGCCAUCUUUGGAUCUGAAACUUUCUAUAAUACAGGAACAUAUCCUGUUUAUUGAAUUCCAAAACCUGUAAUUUUUUUUUUCCUAAUGUAGAAAGUUGGGAGUUUUCCAAAACUUUCCUGGACGGUGGAUGAAUGAGCAGUAGCUUAGUUUUGUUUGUACAUAGGUACAGAUUGAGCACUAUGUACUCUUUUGGACUACUUUAACAGAAGUAUGUUUUGAAUGUAACUAAAGGAUAAGUCAACUUGAGUUGUAAUAUAUUUUUCGGGAGUCAGUUCACUACAAAUUAUGUGAGACUGUAAACUUUGUACUGUAAAUGUUUUGUAGUUCUCCCAAUAAAAUUUUUUGGAAAAAAAAAAAAAAAAAAGAAAAAAAAAGCCCAGUAACCCUUCCAAGUGCUGAAGCCCUGGCUGCCAGGCCAAGAGUAUUUCUUGUUAAACACCACCACCCCCCCAAUCACAGAUACGUCUAGCUACAGAUUAACCAGUUUGCACUGCCACUCCAGACCGCUCCUGCAGCCGUCGCUGGUCGGUGGCCAAAGUUAAUAAACGCUUCCAGAAGGUUCGGGAAUGUCAGGGGUGUACUGUAUCCUGCUUCUUUUUUUUCUUUUUCUUUUUCUUUUUCUUUUUCUUUUUCUUUUCUUUUCUUUUCUUUUUUUCUUUUCUUUUUUCUUUUUUUAAGAGGCUGGAUAAUCAAACCUCUUCUGCUUCGUUUCUACUGUAACAGCUGGAGUGGAAAAAAUCUAGUACUGGCAUUUAUCAAUCACAUCGCUUAUGGGGCAAUGUGAAUGUGCCAUUAGCCUUCCUGGCUUGUUUGGGGUAAGGAGGAAAUGGCAGUUUGGGUAAUAAAAAGGCAUAAUUAAGGUUUACCCUUUGUCCCAAAAGCUUUGUUCCUCUUCACUCACAGGAAUGCGGACUUCUGCCUCAAUGCCCCCAUCACCCAGCUGAGGGCAUAUCUGUGUUAAUCGGGCUAGCAUUAAAUGUGCUAAUCAGUUUUCAGGGCUUGAGUUUUAAACAAAUUACCUUUUCGAGGGUGUAUUUAUAUAACUAAAUACUUGGCAGCCUGGGGACUGUGUGAGUAUUAAUACUGGAAGAAUUUUAGCUAAUAUCUCCACAGUUUGGCACCCUGUUCCAAUCAGUCCCCUAAACUUUUAAGUCACAAUUUCUACCAACUUAUUUCUGUUCUUUUGUCAUACUACUAAUAAAUGUUGUUAACAUUAUGGCAUCUCUGUGCUGCCUGGGCCGCCACAGCACUUUCUAUAAAUAGAAGGUAGAAUGUAAUACCGGUGCCAUAUGUUUGUGUAACAAACCUUGGGCUGACACUUAGUUUAAAAUUAAAACAAACGUAAGCAAUGUAUGACAACACAGCCCAGCUACAGCAAUCACCUUUUUUUAAUGGAUUCAGUCUGACAUUUUGGCUCAGAAUUGCUCCCUUUGAUUUCCAGACUCAUUUUUGAUGAAACUUCUUUUUGUCACUGUCUGUACAGUGGCACCUGAGCUCUGAUGGGUCCUUUCCCAGGCAUCCCUGGUACAGAUGGUUUGGCUGCAAGGAGCAGGCCCAUGCCACUGUUCAGGAGGAACAGAGAGUAGCUGUUGGUUUGACCAGUGUCUAAGCUGACGUCUUAACUCACUUAUGGGAUUUUGAAAUUAAUUUUCACACUAAAACUGCAUUAAUUAGGAGUGCAUGCCUCAUUUAAUUUCAGAUUUUCUUUCUUCUCUAGGUACAGUUUUUGCUUUUCUCCCUCUCCUACCCAUUCCCCUGAGCCUGCCUUUUUCUUGCCACAGUAGAUAAGGACCUUAUUUAUUUCUGUAUUUCCCUUAUCUGGGACAGCUGUACUCACAUUAGUGCGGUACUUCCGUCUUCCCUGUGGUUUUCUGUUGGUUGAAUGGGAUCUUGGUGAGGGUGCUGGGCUUGGCUUUGAUGUCUCCUGGCUGGUAGAGGAGCUCUGGAAGCUUUACAACAGCUGCCCCACAUGAAUCACAAUGGUGCUGGUGUCAGUGCGAGUGUUCUGUGCGUUAAAAAGUUGCUGCCAGGACAGGAUGGGUGAUGGCCCAGCGGUGUCUCCCAGCUGGCUGCUGGUGUGCCAGUGUGUGGGGACAGCUGGGCCUGAGCUGCUCUCUGCCCAAGCGACACUCUGAGGCCUGUGUGCUGCACCCUGUUCUGUUUGUAUCUCCAAAGUGUGCUGCAACCUGGCCUGUUGCAGCAUUCAUGUUCCGCUGUUCAGAAAUCCGGGAGUCCUUGAACUGGGAAGAUAAAAUGUCUGUUUCUUGUGCUGCACAAUCAAGUGUUAACCUUUAAACUGGUGACUUAACGUUGUUGACUUAAGCAAAUGUUCUCUUGCUUUCAUUUCAAAAUUCAGCAAAGCAUGUAAAGCUGGUCAGGCCAUUCAGAACCUUCUGCUACAUUGCAAUAAAUCGAUAAAUACUGUGUAAAAAAUAAACUGUUUUUUUUCA